AUGUCUCGGUACGUGGCGUUAGCGGCUUUACUUUUGGUAGAGCUAGUGAGGAGUGCUCCUCCUCCAUUACGAGUGACAAUUGACUGUGGAUCUGAUGAGGAUCCAGCACAGAUCCAGCACAGAAGCAGGUCAUCUGAAUUAUUGAAAAGUAAUUCACGCUUUGACGUUAAUUCAUUUUGCAAUCUCAUCCAUCGAGCCAUCCCUCAGGCUGUGAAAGAUGGGCAGUUCAUCAUCGAGCCAGAUUUUGACCAGGAUGGACAAGGUGAUACGACAGCACCAGUGGCUGUUGCUCCACCUAGUAGUUUCAUUCCAAAAUUAUUGCCAAAGUUAAAGCCCCCUAGACUUAGAGUACCCGGUUUAAACGUACCAAAGUUGAAACCAAGCAUUCAUAGUUCUUUCAGGGCACCGAAAGUUGGAUCACCAAUGCCUUUCCCAAGACUCAGAUAUGAAGAAGAAUCUAGUGCUGAAAGAAUGGAGAAAUUUAAAAAGGGCGUACAGCACAUGCUUCAUUUCGUGAAAGUUCUGGGAAAAAUAGAUCAGUACAUUUCCGAACGGACUCGAAUUGUUGUCGAUAAACUUGCAAGGACGUUUGCUGAU